ACGGACGUCAAGAUGGCGGGUUGUUUAUGAAAUGUUAGCGUAACUUUUUUGAAAGAAAAACAUAUCUAAUGGCACAAUCUAGAGGUUUAUCCCAAUCAAAACAAGCCCAGCUCAAGUCAUACAACAAGCGCUUGAAAGAUGAUGUAAAAUCUAUUUUGGACAAUUUCACUGAAAUUAUCAAAUCUUCUGAGCUUGAGGAGGAGACGCAAGUUUCGAGACUGACGCAGUGUGAACAAGAUGAAAAUGAAUGCAAAACGAGGGCAGCCAAUAUAGUACGCGCUGGAGAGUCCCUGCUCAAGCUGGUUUCAGACAUCAAAGAGUUUCUCAUUUUGAAUGACUUUCCAGGAGUAAAUGAAUCCAUAAGUCAAAGAUGUAAGCAGUUGUAUAUCUUACAGAAGGAUUGUCAGAACACAUUGAACAGUGUGAAAGAAGACUUAGCAGGUUCCUUGUAUGAACUCGAAAAGGAAUACUAUAAUUCCUACUGCAAAGUGAUAUCGAAAUAGACGCACACAAAUUGUAGAAAUUUAAGCUAUAAGACUCCAAUCGUAUCGAAAAUAUACUUUUUUCCAUUUA